AUGCUCCUGGACGAGGCGUCGGCUAACAUCGAUGCGCUCACGGAUGCCACGCUCCAGAAAACGCUCAGGACCUGCUUUACUGGCUCCACGCUGCUGAUCAUCGCGCACCGGCUGUCGACCAUCGCUGACGCCGACCUACUGGUGUGCAUGGACAAAG